AUGGCGUCCCGGCCCCCGGCCGCCUCCGCUGCUCCGAGCUCGGGGCGCCCGCGCCCUCCCGGCCGCCCUCGGCCUGCCCACCGGCCUCCCACAGCAGCCGGCGCCUCGGCUGAGGAGACGGUGAGCAGCUGGCUCACGCAGGCGGGGCUGCCCGGACCACCGCCGGUCCAGCACUCGGUCAGCACUGCAGGCCGAGCCCCGGACUUGAGCGCCCGGCCCCAGCGGCAGCCUCCUCCCUCGGCUCCUCCCAGCACGUUCGUAGGGCUGAUUCCGCCUUCGGGGCUCUCCGCCUCGGCCAAUCACUCUCUCAGCUAUUUUCCCCUGGGCAUUUCCGAUCCUAGCCAUGGGGUCCCUGAGUUUAUCUCUGUUGGGUAUGUGGACUUGUACCCUAUCAUCACAUAUGACAGUGUCACUAGACAGAAGGAGCCACGGACCCCACGGAUAGUAGAGAACCUGGCAUCAGAUCACUGGGAGAGGUACACCCAACUGAAUCAGGAAGAAACUUUUCCAAGGAUUGCAACUCUCUUCUGCAGAGCUCCUGUCUUUUACCUUCCACAAAUUUCCAUAAUGUGGAUGAAAAAUAGGGAAGAAGUGGAGUAUGGAGAUAUUCUUCCCAGUGGGGUUGGAACCUACCAGACCGAGCUGGACCCUCAGGGCAGCAACCUCUACUCCUGUCACAUGGAGCACUCUGACCUCCGUGUUGUUCAUGACAUCCAGGAAUCGGGAACCAAAACUGUCUUUGGAGCCAGUGUUCUCGCCAUUGUUGUGACUGGAGUUGGUAUUCUGGCCUGGAGAAGACCCGAGGCCAUCCUUGUUAUUAAUGACUAUUGA